AUGCUGACCAUUCGCUCGCAGCAGCAGACUCGCACCGCUCAUGCCACUGCUGAAAACCUGGCCCUUGACCCGAUUUCUACUGGGCAAUUCAGAUGUGGCUCCCAAAAAGUUGCCCACCGAUGCCCACAAUGGACACUAGUAAUGCAUGCACCUCACAGACCAACCGCCCGCUCUCACUCUCAUCACCAAGUCGGAUCCCUCGCCCAGCAAGGUGCUGACCGAACCUGUAGAUGCCGUGAUGCCUGCCAGAACGGCUGGGGUCGGGAGGUCCACGUUUACACAGUUCGUGCCUUGCGCUUGUCUGCCACUCUCUGCAGAGUGCAGACUCUCGAUCUCCUUGUGCCUGAGGCAUCACCUAGGUACAGAAGAAUCCAGACAUGGGAUGACGAUUGGGAGCCGCUAAGGCAGUACCGGAACGACACCCCACUCGGCGCCGGCCGCUUCGCCCAAUCGGAGGUAUCCAGGCGGUACCCACCAAGGACUAACGCCCACAUUCUCCAACCACCGCUCGGCCUUUCGACCCCUCCAUCUCUUCUCCAAACCGCCGUUUUCACCUUGCCCGAGCCACCCCCGAACCUCUCUCGGUGGUGGUUGGUUGUCGGAUUUCUAUUGAUUCAGUAA